AUGUCUUGUGUACCUGGAUUAUUAAGAAAUAAAAUAUUUCUUGUUCCAAAUAAUAAUAAACAAAAUCAAACACUCUUUGAAAUGAUUGAACCAGAUGUAUUUUCUCAAACUUGUUGUAUUUCUGUUAGUUCAAUACUUGGAGUUCCAUGUAUAGGUAAAAAUAUUCGAUUAACAUAUGAACGAACUUAUCCAUUCAGACUUAUUAUUACAGAAAAAGAAAAAGGAUAUACAAGAUGGCAAUUAAAGAAUGGAGUGUUAUAUGCAUAUUUACAAGAAGAAAAAAAUAUAUACCCAAAAAAAAAUGAAGAACCUUUUGGUCAAGUUGGACUUAUUUGUAUUAAAAAUCAAAAUUAUUUUUGUAUUAAUACACAAUUAUUAUUUAAUAAAAUAAAUUUUUCUAAAGAAAUAGUAUUAAGUAGUCAACUUUUUGGUAAAGAUUACUUUUAUCUAUGUUUGUUAAAUGAAAUACCAAAUAAAGAUAUCAUUUCUGGAACUCCAUAUUUUAGGGUUAUACUUCAUUGUAAAAAACAACGAAGAAGUGUUAUUAGUAUUCAAAGAAAUAAAAAUUGUGAACCAAUCAUUAGGUUAAUAGGAACUUAUGAUUAUACAGCAAAAUUAGUACAUGGUAAAUGGUAUUUAGGAAUAUAUGAAAAUUCAAUUGUUUGGGGAGAUGAAUUAGAUUCAAUUGUAAUUAAACAAGACAAAUAUGGAAAAUUAAAUAUUAUAGAGAAAGGAGAAUGUAUUGGAUAUAUUGAAUUAGGAGAAAAGAGAGAUGAUGAAUCAUAUUAUUUAAUUUGUAAGAGAAAAGAAAAUAUUCAAUUUGUUUCACUUACUGCAAUAAUGAUUAUUACUGAUGAGAAAAGAGAUGGAUUUAUUUUUACUAAUGGAUGUUGGUUAGAUAAUGAACAAAGAUAUAAUAUUUCUAAAACACAAGAAAUAGAAGAAGAGUUUUUUAAUAGUGAAGAUAUUGAUCAAAUAGAUGAAGAAUUAGAUAAAGAAUUAUAUAUUACUGAAAAUAUUUCAUUUUCUAAAGAUGAAGAUGAUAUAAAACCACCUACAGAAGAAGAUAUAGUGUGA